UCCCUCGUCGGCCCGUGCUGUAUGGAAAACAAGCGCCCCUCUCUGGCAGGGCUCAGGAACAGGAAGUCAGGAAACAGGAACGAAUCUCGGAGAAAAGAAAAGUUGCAAUACAAGUUUAUGAAAGAUGAGCCGAAUUUAUCACAACACGUCUCUACAGAACAAACCAGUGCACAAUGAGAAAUUUGACCGCGUGUGGUCUCCCUCUACGUAUGAAAGCGGCCAGGGGGUUCUUCUAGAAGGAAAGCUACUGGAUGUUUCCAGACAUGCCAUCAGUGACGUCAACAAUCAAAAGGUCCGUUUCUACGUGCUGUACAUCAAACCCAGCCGCAUCCAUCACAGGAAGUUUGAUGCCGGUGGUACGGAGAUGGAGCCAAACUUCAGCAACACCAAAAAGGUCAACACCGGCUUCCUCAUGUCCUCCUACAAGGUGGAGGCUAAAGGGGAGUCGGACUGUCUGUCUGAGGAGCAGCUGUCAGCGAUGGUGAACAAAGCUGAGCUGGUGAAGAUAACUGACCAGCACCGACCCAGCGGGACCUGGGCCUUCUGGUACCCAGAGUCAGAGAUGGACACAACCGAGCUGGAAACGGGACAGGAUAUACGGCUGAAGACCCGAGGAGACAGUCCUUUUAUAUUCUCCUUAGCCAAAGUGGACGGCGGCACGGUGACCAAGUGUAACUUUGCUGGCGAUGAAAAGGCCGGGGCGUCGUGGACGGACAAGAUCAUGGCCAACAAAGCAGACGCGGUCAGCACUCUGAAGCCCGGCCAAGGAGAGGGAGCAGAGGAGGAUGAAUGGGAUGAGUGAAGAAGCCGUCCCCCCCCCACUCCCCCAUCAGCCUGAUGUCUUGGCUCUGUUCCUGUCUCCAGGGUGAACUGCUUCAGUUUGGAUCCAUUCCUGUCUCUGUCUUGGCCUUGGGACUCCCACAUUUUACCGGGGUACUUAACCUCUUACAUAUGUGGCCUUGGGACUGGAAACCUGGCGUCACUUCUACAAUAUGGGACCAGACCCCUCCAGCUCCAUGUGUGUAUCUUAGCUGUGAUGCACACUGUCUUUGAAACUUAAGCCUUGUAUACUUUGGAUAAGAUCCCCAAAUUUAUAUGACUGGAAUUUAAGCUCUGCUUUUUUUUAAUCUUUUGGGCUUAUUCUUCUACUCUUGCCCAUUUGUGUCCAACUUUAAUCCAGAGUAUCUGCAUAGCCUGGUAUUAAUGACCCAAAUAUCUGUAGUUUUACAGCACACUUGUUGCUCCUUCCAUACUGUAAUUGAAGUCCUGUCUAGAGAGACUCGUAUUUUAAAGAGCUGUGUUUUUCGUUUCACAGGCUCAGUACACCGCUUUAGUUCUGUGUGACAACUGAAGGGUUGGGAACCGAAAACCCAGUUCCAAAUUAGAACCGAAUCCAAAACCAAUCCAAAUUCCAAGAACUGUGUACUCGUAAAAUGAAAAUGAAUUUCGGUUCUGCUUAUCAACUCCUCAACAACUACACAUGGCGCUCUUUCUGGAUUGGACGACGCCGGGCUCUGCGAUACAUUUAGUUUUUUGGGGAAGUAUGGGCAGCUGUGUGCGCCAUGGACACACUCGCUACGCACACAGACACACACAUCAUCACUCUUAAAGGUGCAGUAAGUGAUUCUGCACAAAGAUGGUUGAUUGUUGAUUCACGGACAGAUAACUACUGGCCAGCACAUUCAAAUGCUGCCUCCCCCCACCAUCAACUGUGGGUGCUUGUUGCCAAUUGGCUGAAACAGUGUUUUGUGGCUUGUGCACUCCUUCCUGUUUGUUUUGUAUCACACUGCCAGGGCUGUGGAUUAACGCCAGGUUUCUUUUCAGCACAGACAGAAAACAGAGAGCUAGGUGACCAUGAGGAAAUAUUCACUGAAUUUGUAUUAGAUUAACAUCACUUACUAUACCUUUAACCCAGUUUUUUCUCCAAAACACAACAAAUGUUUUAACUCGUAUGGUGUUUAUAUUGACCAACAUUUGAUGUAUGAAGUUAACAAGCCUGCCUCUGUCUGUCUCCGUGUAGUCUCUCUUGCCAGCGCUAUCUCCACAGCGCUGCGGAUUAAGGUCUGGCUACACCGCACAUACAUUCCUGGAUAAGAGGAAAAAACGCUCUGGCUUGUUUACAUUUCUUUAAACCAAUCACAGUUGUCUUGGGCGGCACUAAGCUCCGGACGCAGUCGACGGUGGCUCUGCACAAGGGUUAGUAGUGCAAUGAAUGAUUUGGUUCUUCAGUUCUGUCAAGACACAUGGUCAUUGGCUGCUUUUUAAACAAUGAACAGGCUUAAAAACAAUCCUGUGCAUUUAGUUAUGCAUGCACAAAAAAAAGUAUCCAAACCUCCAGGUAUUCCAUUCAUGACAUGGACACAAUUGUAUCAUUGUUAUUCCAUUGUUACUAAGUCAGUAAAGAUGACCUGUAUUAUUUUCAACCAGUUGAACAAAAACGACAUAUACCCCUAUUUAACACAAUAACAAUGUUUUAUAAUUAAAAAUAACAAUUUGAACAACAUACAAGAAUAAUUAGUUUCCUCGAUUACAACAUAUUAUACACAUAUUGACAUUCUCCCUAUAACGAUAGAGGAAGUUUGGACUUGUGCAACUGGAAAUUGGCAGCAUCAAAACGCUGGUGAAUGUCAAUAAUCUUAAGAUUAAUAUAACCAAUGGCCGUUUCAAAUCAUUUUCCACAGCAAAAAGUUUGGAUUGUAAAAUAAUUUUGAUAAAAUUUUGAAAAGUUAAUCUGGUACAAUUUGAAUCACGCAUAAACAUUUUCAAACAAACAACUAUACUUUAAAGUUGACUGAUGCUAUAUCAACAUCCUGUGCAAAAGUAGUUCCAACAGUGGAGUAAAAAUGGUGUUACUUUGACUGUUGGCUAUAUACAGUAAAUAAUGUCUACGUAAACCCUGCUGUGAUUUUACUUUGGUAUGUACCAGUCUUAUCUGCUGCACAGUCACAGUUCAGUUUGGUCAGUUAUUUUCUGGGAAACUGAAUGUAUUAAAGGGUAACUACAAUUUUUUUAUCACCGUUUUUGUGUCUAAGUGAUUGAUGGGAACAACAAUCUUUGA